AUGCCCUCCCGCGACCUGACUGUCGUCCGCAUCCCUCUGCGCAGCGCCAAACAUCACUUCGGUGCGUUCAGCGGCCGCGGUACACGCGUGUACAAUGAGGACACAAACCAGGCGGGGACGAUUGACAUCCCCGCCUUUGCCAAGCGGGCACCGAUGAGUCUGGUCCGCAGCAAGAAGGACUCUCGGGAAGCAACUACGGCAGACAGCUCUUUUGGUGACCCGCAGAUAUUCUACUUUGGAGUGUUCGACGGACAUGGUGGCAGUGAGUGCAGCGAGUUCCUGAGGGAGGAGCUUCAUGCGUAUAUCGAGGAGGCCGCCGAGAAGUUUGAGCUUGGCAGCAGUUUGCGGAAGAAGCCAAAGUCAAAGCCGGCAAGUGCACUACAGCCUGGCAAGGUUGAAUCGCCAGAUGUUUUAGUUGACUCGUCGGAGGCAAAGCAUGAAGCCCUUGAGCAAGUCGAUUUGAAGAGUGGCGAUCAGGUCAAGGAGGAGCUGAACCUCCCAGAGACGAGCAACGGCGGUAUCGUUGGGCAAGCGGCCCGGGAACCGCGUUUGGAGAGUGCGGAACCGGCACCUGUUCAGUCAGACGUCCCCAAGGCUGCUGAUCUUGAGCGCGACCUAGUCACCGAAUAUAGGAACACCAUUGGAGGCUACUUCCGCCGCUUCAAGCCGCCGUAUUUCCACUUGGAUACAGAUCCCGAGGCUCCGAAUCCGAGACCCCCAGUGACCAUCGAGUCGGUUCUAAGCUAUGCAUUUCUCCGUGCCGAUUUAGAUUUCGUCACUGCACAAGCCCGCAAGCCAGAUCCGGAUGAUCCCUAUGUGUCCGACAAUCCACUGAAUACGGACGAGAUCCUGGGCGCUCCGCAUCACCAUCGGUCUGUGCAAGGCAUUGGAGGAUCUGCACGUUUCAAGGGCGGCUCAACGGCUUCGAUCAUACUCAUCUCGACGCCGACACCCGCGCCGUUCUGGCAUCCAGCAGCGCACAGCACGAUCGUGGUGGCACACGUCGGUGACACCCGCGUCCUGCUGUGCGAGACGGCCACGGGUCUCGCCAUGCCCUUGACCUCGGACCACCACCCCUCCUCGCCUCAGGAGUCGCGGCGCCUGACGCGCUACGCUGAGAGCCUGGUGACGGACUCGUUUGGCGAGGAGCGCAUCAGCGGGCUGGCCAACAGCCGCGCGUUCGGCGACGUGCAGAGCAAGCGCAUCGGCGUGUCCGCGGAGCCGGAGAUCACGCGCGUCGACCUCGGCCCCGCGCAGUACAGCUUCGUCGUGCUCAUGAGCGACGGCGUGUCCGGCACGCUGAGCGACCAGGAGAUUGUCGACGUCAUCAAGGAGGCGCGCACGCCCGAGGAAGGCGCCCGCGCCGUGGUCGAGUAUGCCACGGAGAUCUCCUCCGAGGGCGACAAUGCCACCUGUCUUGUGGUGCGGCUUGGGGGCUGGGAGAGACGCAGCGAGGGCGGCCUGGGUAGCUUGGGGACGAAAGAGAUCCGGGAUAUCAGGAGGGCGGAGGCGCUCGAUCCGCGGAGAGGGAGGAGGUGA